AAACCUCCUGCAGCUUAAUAAAAUUACAUCAAUCAACUCAUUGGAAGAAUAUUCAUGAAGGAAGGUGGUAGAAAACAUGGCGCAAUGUCGCCAUGUGCCGCGUGCAAGCUUCUCCGGAGGAGAUGUGCUCAGGACUGCCUCUUUGCUCCUUACUUUCCUGCGGAUGAACCCCACAAAUUUGCAAGCGUUCACAAGGUUUUUGGUGCCAGCAAUGUCAAUAAAAUGUUACAGGAACUGCCAGAGGAGCAAAGGAGCGACGCGGUGAGUUCAAUGGUAUAUGAAGCAAAUGCGAGGAUGAGGGACCCAGUGUAUGGAUGUGUGGGGGCCAUAUCGUGUCUUCAGCAACAGGUCGAUGUGCUUCAAACACAACUUGCUCUUGCUCAGGCUGAGCUUGUUCACAUCAGAAAUCACAACCAACCUUCUUCUUCUUCCUCAACCCAACCCCAAUCUUCUUCCCAUGACGCCAAGUCCUCUCUUUUUGCCGUCGGCAAUGUCACCGAGUCGUUAUGGUCUUGCUAAUGAAAGACACAAACAGAGAUGGAAUUAAGUGAUGUUUCACCAUUCUCUUUAUCUCUCUCUCUCUCAUAUCACUGGACCAUGCAUGCGGUGGCUAGCUAGAUUGAGCUAUUAUUUGGCUGAUUACUAUAGCUAGAUUAGUUAAGCAGCAAUAAGGAGAAUUAGAUGUAUAUGGGGCAUGCUUUGUUUCAUUAUUAUUGUAAUUAUUACUAUCACGCCUUUGCUUUCAA